CAGAAGGUCAGGGGAGGCCCAGGGGACAGGGUGUACCCCCACAGCCUCCCGGCCAGAGACCCGGUGUCCGAUCAGUUGAGCUCAGAGUGUCAGAAGGAAGAGCCGGGCCCCGGCCGACCUGCACAGGACUAACUAGCUGUCAGGGUGCCUGGGAGGGUGAUGCUUACACACGGGGCCACGCUCCGACAGGGCUCCUGUGCAGUGGGGCAGGGGGACCGGGUGGGUGGGACUCAUGCAGUCUGCUUAGGGCCAAGCUGGGAGUCAUGGCUCCCUUUCCUCCAUGCCGGCUGCUGCGUCCACUAAUGCGGCCGGCGCCUCCCGUUGGGGUGCUGCGGGGUCCUAGUCGGUGGUGGUGACUCAGCCCCGGCCAGACCAGGCUCGGGUGGCCCUGCAGCUGCAGCGCAGCUGAUCCCGACCGUGACGAUAGGGGACAGCCCCCAGACAGACGGGACGGCUCGCAGCACCAGGGCCGUGGAGGUGGUGACAGACCCCGGGCCCCCACCCCUGUUCUGGAGGCCCUUAGGGGCUGUGAGUAAGGGGGAGAGUCCUUCAGGGGGUGGCCCGGCAUGGGACCUAGUAACUACCAGAGGGCUCUGUUCUGUCUUCCGUUCUGGCGCCGGGGUCCCCUCCCUUGCCUCCCUGUCCCCCCAGCCUCAGGUCCUGGGAGCAGGGCAGGGCCUUCCAGCAGCUUCCUUCCUUCCUUUCUUGAGACUGAAAGCUAGCCAGUAGGGGGUGCCUAGCUGGGGCCCGAGCAUGGGAGGGGGAACCUAGCCACCACCCUGCUCCCUAAAGUGACUCAGUGCCCCUGUCCCCACCCCUCCCUGGGGAGCCGGGGGCCCACAGUGGGAGGUGGAUAAAUGGGGUGGUGGCCUGGGCUGGCCAGAGAGCUCAGGCCUCUCCAGCUGGACGCUCAUUGCCUGCCACUCUGUCCUGCCUCCCAUGGCCCGCUCUCGGGAUGCCACAGCAGCAGCCCCAGCUCCAGGAGCCCCUCCACAGAGCCCAUCCUGGGGGCUUGUGCAGGGUCAGGAGAGGGCACUUGGGGCCCCCUGGUGCAAGCCGGCUGGACCCAGAGCAACAAUGGGGGCCCUUCUCUGCCAGGGCUGGAUGUCACUGGACCCCCCAGGGAGCUACGCCCUCGGCUCUGCCACCUGCGAAAGGGCCCCCAAGGCUACGGGUUCAACCUGCACAGUGACAAGUCCCGGCCGGGACAGUAUAUCCGCUCUGUGGACCCGGGCUCGCCUGCUGCUCACUCUGGCCUCCGCGCCCAGGACCGACUCAUCGAGGUGAACGGGCAGAAUGUGGAGGGGCUGCGCCACGCGGAGGUGGUCUCCAGCAUCAAGGCGCGAGAGGACGAGGCCCGGCUGCUGGUGGUGGACCCUGAGACGGAUGAGCACUUCAGGCGGCUACGGGUCACACCCACCGAGGAGCAUGUGGAAGGUCCACUGCCAUCACCCGUCACCAAUGGGACCAGCCCUGCCCAGCUCAAUGGUGGCUCGGCGUGUUCGUCCCGAAGUGAUCUGCCUGGCUUAGACAAGGACACUGAGGUAGACAGCAGCACCUGGAAACGUGACCCCUUUCAGGAGAGUGGCCUCCACCUGAGCCCCACGGCGGCUGAGGCCAAGGAGAAGGCGAGAGCCACCCGGGUCAACAAGCGGGCACCGCAGAUGGACUGGAACCGGAAGCGCGAGAUCUUCAGCAACUUCUGAGCUCCCCCCCCCCCCCCCCCCCCCGCCUGUUUGCCGGUGACCCGGCCUCUUCCCCGGCACGGGCCCAGCCCCGAGUUCCCCAGGCCUCAGUGGACUGGAGGGGGUGCCUCCUCACCCCCUUGAAGCCGUGCUGGGCCCACCGCUAUCCAGGAACCAAUGUGCGCCCCAGUGCGCCCCGUCCUGCCCCCCUACCUGCUGGGUGCUGGAGAGGGGAGAGGGGAGAGGGGAGAGGGGCCCCCCCCCCCCCCCCGCCCCCCCCCCGCCCCCGCCUGCCAGAUGUGAGAGAGGGAGAGGGAGAGGCAGUGGCGACCGACCGUGGCCCGGCCCUUGCUGCUCUGCCCGGGCCUGCUGACUUAAAGGAAUUUUUGUUUUUGCUUUUCUUCCAAAAAAGAAAGAAAAAAAAAAAAAACACAGAGCUCCAGCUCCACACAUGUUUCCACUUAAUACCAGAGUCCCGCCCCCGCCCCCACCCCCACUCCCUCAGGACGCGCUCUCUAAGUAAUUGCAAUAAAACAAACCUUUCUCUGCAAACCACGUCCUCCCCACUGCUCAACAGCAGUCCUCUGAACUGGGAGUCCCGGGCACGUUCAGGGACAGAGAGAUGGAGGGGGACCGGGCUGUGAGUGUGGGGGCUCCAAGGUGAGGCUGGGAGGCCAGAUGUGGCUGUAGGAGCUGCCCCUCUGCCCCCGUCCCUGCUGUGGGGGGGUCACUAAGCCAGGCCUCCCAUGUCCCCGCUGAACUGGUCUAGGUCACAGGGCCUGGGCUCCCAGGGGCCCGAGGAUAGAGGCCCCGUGUCCCUGAAGAGGGUGGCCUCUGGACAGGCCUCUUGUCCCUGCGCCACAGCCCUGAGGCUGGGGGAAAGCCUGCCUGCCCCCAGGAGACGCCACCCGCUCUCCCUUUCCUCCCUGCUCUGAACCCGACCGAUAUUGCUGUUUGCCCUGUAAGCCAUAGCGCAUGCGCGCCCUCGGAAUAAACAGGCCUUCCGCAGA